GGCUUCUGGUUGGGAAAUGUACGUACGAUCACUGUGGGGAGGGGUCAGUGAGGAGUGAAGAGUGUGUCAUGGGAAAGAUUGGUAUCAAAGACUAAAGGGGAAGGAAUAUUUAAGUCCUUUAUGAAGUUUGAGCUGUAAGGCACUGUGAUCAUUGCAUUGAUGUACAUGCAGACUCAUAUAAGACUCACAUAAUGAUUAACAAAGGGUCUAUAAAGCCAGCUGGUGCUAUUGGCAAACUACUUCUGGAUUCGUCAUUGACAUAAGUUUCUGUUCAUAAGGAAAGUUACUUCCUCAUUAUUAAAUGUGGGAGUAUCAAACCUAAUGUGUACAGAGCAGCAUUUCGGUUAAGGAGUCUGUCACCCCAUUGUGCUGUGUGAAACCCCAUGACAGGAAGUGUUUAAAUCCCUGAGCUGAGACUAACGACAGGAUGUGGAACAUAGCUGCAUUGGUGUUAGUGGUGGCAGGGACUGCCUCUUGCUACAUCACCUGCCCUGAUGGGAAGGUCUGCUCUGAUCAAUCAACUUGCUGUUUGACUAAAGAAGGAUACGCCUGCUGUCCAGUUACCCAUGUUCCGUGGACAGCACUUGUUCAGGCCUCAGACAGCACCCCACAGGCUGGAGUUAUUCGCUGUGACACAAAAUUCUACUGCCCUUCUGGAACCAGCUGCUGCAAGGGACUGACUGGCAAAUGGGACUGCUGCCCAUUCCCACUGGGCACGUGCUGUGCGGAUGGCCACCAUUGCUGUGAAUAUGGAUACACCUGUGACCCAACCUCAUUCAAGUGCAGGAAAGGUUACUCUCAGAUUCCUUCAGGUCUGAGGAAUGAUGCUAAGCAGGACUGACGAGAUGUCUUUUUAAUUAUAAUGUUGUCACUGUACUGGUAUUGGAUUGAACAAACAGAUUUGCUAGUUUAGCUAACCAAACCAUCAGUCCUAGCUUGCUAUUAUGAAAAUCGAAUUCAACAAUGUUUUCAAUUCUAAUUUUGCUUUCAAAAGCAACUCAAACAUAAAACAUGUAAAAAUGAACUAUAGCCAUUGAAUUCUACCCUGCAGAUAUACCAUGCUUUAUAGGGAAAUAAUGCACGCUCUUGAAUGCCCUUCAAGACAAUCAGAAACGAGUGUUCAACAAUGUCAUGGUAUAACAUUACAUGUUGAAAGAAUGUUGAAUCAUGCCACCCACUCAUUUAUUGCAUUAAAGACAGAUCAAUACACUUCCAAAUAAAUGACAUUCUAAGAAAAAA